AGGAACAGAAGAAUAAAUACAAAAGUAAUAUUACAAUGCAAAUAGAUAGACUGUAUAUGCAGAUAUCAUAAGGACUGAAAAAACUUACAGACUGUCAUGUCUGUCACCCAAUCUACAUAAGAAGACAAUGGUGACUGUGCACCUAAAGGGCCACAUGAAGUCUGAGUAAGAUCAAGGGGUACAGGUGUCAUGUCAAUCUCUUUGUAGAGACAUCAAAGUGGUUCUCUUUGUUGCCCAAAUCAUAUUCUGGCCACUCCCACUUCUUUCUGUUGGAUAUAAAGUUUGCCUGAACAUGGAGAGCCAGCAUUCUACUCAGUUGCCCUUAGCAGCACAGACAUGACUUGUGACUCUGAACUUGAGCAAAUCAUCUACACAGCGCUGACCCUACAAGAUGACUAUCCUGUGUUCUGCCCACCACAGAGGGACCAAACCAAAUCCUGCUCCAGCUCUUUUGGUAUGUUUCCUGAUUCUUAUCCAGGGGUGGAAAACCAGGGAAUCUUGCAGGAGACUAUAAGAGAACUUUAUUCUGUCCUUGGGAUCCCACAAGAUUCUCAUUUUAACAGAAGCAUGAAGCAUCAUCUCCUAGAACCCAAGAAGGCGACACUAUCUACUGGGAUCUACGCCAAACCAACCUGCAAUCAGACACCUAAAGCCUGUAAACGGCCAUUUUGUGAAGAGGAGCAGAGGGAAGGUAAAAAGCCCAGAAUAGAGAUGGAUCAUUGCCUACCAUCGGCACCCAACAGGUGUAGGAGAAGAACCAUUUAUUCAAAGGAGCAAAUCCUCUUCCUCCAGAAUCAAUUUGAUCUCAAUCCCUAUCCAGACUUUGUGAAGAGAUGCCACAUUGCAAAGAUAACUGGGAUCCCAGAGCCCAGGAUUCAGGUUUGGUUCCAGAACAGAAGAGCCAGGCAUCUGCUCAGAGCCAUCAAUUCUCAGGUUCCCCAAGAAAAGAGAUCAGCAGCUGCAGAAGAACCCAGAUGCUUUACCUACAGAGAACCCCAGUAUCCAGACAUGUGGGGCUAAGCCAAAAUACUCCCUUACACUUUGCUGUACCCAAAGUCAUGACUGAAUCACUGCAGUGACAUUUGUACUUGAGACACCUAUCUGCAAAGAACUUUCAAAUUACUUUUUUUUUGGCUGAAAUACUUGUCACUAUGUACAUAGACAAAUGAACUACUACUUUAAAUUUGACGUCCCUUAAUGUAUAAUGUAAAUAUUUUAAAUAUUAGAAUUAAAGGUAUGGGAUAGGUUCAUAUACUCUAUUAUUACUCUUUAUUUAAACAAGUUUCAUUUAUUGAAAGUGUAUCGCUUUAGUCCAUAAAAAAACACAUGUGUUUAUAUGAUAUAAAGUCAGUAUUUAAAUUUAUCAAUAAUUUAUUCAUUAUUGGUCCCAUGGGACCUUAUAUAAAUAUAUUUGCUUUAUCAGCACUUCUCACUGUAUUGUGUUAUAAGGAGUACAGUUUAAGAUACGCAUGGCAACACACAGUACUUGAUUUCAGAAGUCAAUUUGUUUUAUCUUAAGACAAUAGUUGGCAUUUAAUGGUAUAAAUAUAUGUAUUUUAAUUUUUGUGAUAUUGCUUGGUAAUCAAUAAAAUUGUAUCUUUUU